AUGCCGUUUUUUGAGGUCUAUGAAAACAGAAUUGAGCCUAUCCCCAAAGUAGAGGCUCCCAGAGUCUCUUCUUUUGAAGCUGAGGGAUGUGGAACAGGUGGUAUAUCUGAUGUUAGGAUAGUGUCACUGGAGGGAAAGAUAAAUCCCGCUUCUACUUUUCGUCUGGCAAAUGCAACACUUUCUCCUGUCAGAGUUCCUUUAUUAGAUCAAAAUUCAGUUAGAAAAAAAAGGAGUUGUAAAGAACUUUUCCUAAUGGAAAAAGAAUUAAAUUCUGUGACAGAGGAUGUUUCUUGGUGUCUCUCAGAAAUAAGCCAAUGGCUAUUAAGUAAAGAACUUGGGGAUUCACCAGAGACUAUGUUUAACACAGGAGAAGUUUUACACUCACUAGAGGAUCGUUUGAAUGAAGUCAGUCGACACUUUUAUCAUUUAACUAAUGAUAAUUCCUUUUUGGAAAAGGAAACAAUUCAUAAGGCAGUUAGACGUAUCAGUGGCAUAAAGACAUACCAUAAUAUAGUUACUGUGGCUGAAUCUAUAGCCAACAUGUAUACCGGGUUAUUGAAUGCUAGGGUUCUGCCACAGUGCAGAGUAAGUACCAUGAAACAUGCCGAAGAAAUUGCAAAACUCCUUGAUGAUAUGGAGAAAUCCGUUGAAUUUCUUAAUUCACAGGUAAACGCGUUGUCUACAGAAUCACAGAGCGAAAUAAGGAGUAUAAAGAGUGCACUGGAUUCCCUCUCUUGA